CCACCAACUACCACCCCAGAACCGACGACCACGUAUCCUGUGUAAAAGUAUCCCCACCCCAGAGUUGUCAUGCAAAUGUGCAAUGACAGGAAGAUUUCUAAUGCGCACUUCCAUGAGAGGCAUUUCCAGUCGUGUUUUGGAAUUUGUAAUGCUGUAACCAGGACGAGAAAAUGGCUUUGUCAUGCGGCUUUCCUUGCCAGCCAGUACUACACUGCAGAUGGAAACUUGUCUUGCAGAACCCCCAAAACUUGGGGAUUUGUGUUGCAGACUUCCCAUCUUGACUAUGGUGUGGGGACGUUUUUACAAAGGAUACCACGACGCCAGAACCAACAACCACGCCAGAACCGACGACCACCACAACGACCACGAGCCACUAUAUCAAGUGUGAUAUGGACAUAUCAAAUGUAAAAAUCCCUGGACGUCUGGAAGGAUGGAACUUGUGAUGCGUCCUGUGGAUCACACAAAAAUCUGUCUUGCGUGAUCAACAAAAGACGCCCUUUUCUGACCACCAUGAGAGGGAAUUUCUCAUGCAGGACAGGCAUGAUAGAGACCUCGCAGAAUCUGUCAUGCUAGGCCCUGCAUUCCAGACCUUAUGGGGCAUGCAAAUUCUGCAUGACAAACUUGCAUUCUUCCAGACCCAGACAUAUUUGCAAUCCAUAGGACAGCAACCCGGGCAGUCCAUACUCAAGCGAGGACGGAAAAAUCACCCCCGCAGUGAAUGUGUUACACGUAUGCAUUGCAAAUAUCGAUCUGGGUCUGGAAGAAUGCAAGUUUGUCAUGCUCUGCUAGCAUGAUUCUCACUUUUGUCAUGCAGAUCACCCAAAAGCGCCACUUUGGUGUCAUGCAGAAGCCCAGUUUGUCACGCAGAAUAGACAACGCCGCAGCAUCUCCAAAACCUGUCAUGCUUGGCAGCCAAUUGAGGCGUGCUCCUCUUUGUCCAAUCACCAUCACAAGUUUCCAGACCCAGACACUUUUGCAUUUGAUAACACUUGAGAAGCGACAACCUCGUCCACAAGUGGAACGAGUUAUGAAAGUGCACAACCCCCCCUCGUUCUCAUUUCUCAUGCAAAUAAAUCCACAAUUCCAGUUGUUCCCUUGUAUCACUAUUAUGCAUGACAAAUUUUGGGAGCCCAAACAGUACUACAUUAGGUACGCAAAUUUGUCAUGUGGAACCUCCACGUGUGCUGGUGUUUGCAUUGCUGUCCAUGCUAUACAAAUGAGGGAGAGGGGGGGUUGUGCACUCUCAUACGAGUCCGGGGGCGACGGACACACCUACGCGAUGGAGUGGAAAAACUUGUACCAUUUCCGCAAUAUUCUGAGUAAAAACAUCCCCACCCCAGUGUUGUCAUGCAAAUCUGCAUGCCAAAAAAGUUUCUCAUGGUGCGAAGCCCCGUGAAGAGCUUUUUCUAGUCGUGUUUUGGGAUUUGCGAUGCUAGAAAUAGCAUGAUAUGCUAGAUCUGUGAUGCUGCUGAACUAGCUAAACAGGAUCACACUACAACUAGGAAAAAACUUCUCAUGCGAAACAACCAAAGUUGGCUGAUUUGUCUAGCAGAUUUCCCAUCUUGACUCUGGUAUGGGGUCGCUUUUACUCAGGACACGCAAGGAGAUGUACUUUUAUCCGGUGACAAACGAUCCCUACAAUCCGGAGUACGAGUGGCUCUGCGACGACGCGCGCAUGUUGUACCGGUCCUCCAGUUAUGGAAUGCAAAUAUGUCAGGGUCUGAAAAAUUGCAAGAUUUGUCAUGCAUCUCGCGGACCACACUCAUGGUCUGUAAUGCAGACAGAAGCAUCACAGAUUUUUGAGACCUUCCUCAUCCUCAUGCCUCUUCCGCAUGAGAAGUUCGAGUUUCGCCUAGCGAGAAUUGGGUAACUGUUGGCGUUCAUGCAACACAGAUUUUCUCGUGAUCCAGAUUUCGCAUGACAGGCUUCAUUCUUCCAGACCCAGAUCGAUAUAAUUUGCAAUGCAUACCAGUAGUUCGGACACGUUGCGAACCACUUCGAAAAACCAGAAUCCCGGCAGCGGGUCUUCCAGCAGACACUGGCAACUCGAGCCCAGUCCUCUGGGGGGGAACAAGAUCUGCAUCAAGCACGUUAGUAACCACUGGGAAAUAAAGUUGCAUCGCACCUACAUGAACAGAAUUGCAAUCGAUAUAAGUAUUUGCAUGACAAAAAUAAAUUUUGUCUUCCUUUUCCAGCAUGACAAACUCCCUUUUUUGUAGCUCUCUUGAGAGUGAAACUUGCAAUGCAAUUCAUGAGUGCGAUCUCCAACUUUUGCAAUCCAUAAUCAACACUAUCCCACAGAAAAAGACCGACAGGUCAUAUUUGUAAUGCAAAAAUAAAUACACAGGAAAAUCUGUCAUGGGCGAGGCCAUAACAUCCUGUUUAGGGCAUGCAAUACAGAUUUUUUUGUCUAUUUAUUUUGGCAUUACAAAUAUGACCUGUCGGUCUUUUUCUGGGGGAUAAACACGGGCGAGUACCUACGAGUGGACGACUGGGACCAAACCUUUAUAUCAAAAGGAAAAAUCCCCCCUCCCCAUAUCAAAACGAAGUUUCUGAUGCUGGAUUUGCGUACCCAAAUCAGAUCUGUCUUGCUGGCGAGGACUGCAGGCUCCUGCCAAGCCUGAGUAGAGAGCUUUUGGCCUAGGCGCUUAGAAUGAGAAACGUCUAUGCUGUAGGCCCAACAGCAUGACAAACCGCCUGCAUAGUGCGGCAGAGCCUGCGGCGUUGUCUUCUUGCAAGACAGACUUGAUUUGGGGUCUCAAAUCAGCAAGACAAAUUUUCGGAAACAUACCUUUUCGAUAUGGGGAGGGGGGAUUUUUCCUCUCAAUACUUUACUUCCCACAACGAAAACAACGGAUUCACCUUCACCACAACCUGCACGUCGACGGCCCGGGCCUGGGAGAUCAGGAAGCACAGCACUUCUACUAACUGCAAAAAUUAAUGUCUGGGUCUGGAAGAGUCCUCGGGGCUUGUCAUGCACAACAUUCUGCAUGGAUGACCACCCGUGAGGUCUGUGAUGCUGGUCCUGGUGCUAGCAUCACAGAUUUUUCGAGAACUUCUUGAUGCUAAUCGCGCAUGAGAAAUGCCCUCUCCGCGUGCCAAGAACUGGCUCCUCUUGCUGCUCAUGCAACACAGAUAUUUAUUCUAGAAUCCGCAGACAGCAUUAUUCCAGGCCCAGACAUACUUAUUUGCAAUCCAUAAGUUCCGGCGGUCUCUCUUCCACGGUAGAAUGUCGAAGAAAGACUGUGUAUGGAAACAGGCGCUUGGACGAGGAGGCGAAGAAGCAGGAAGAGAAAAAGAAUAACCCAGUCCUUGCCACGGGCACGGACGGGAGUGGCGCAUUGGUCCUCCCUGAAGAACAAGAGGACAAUGCUCCAGUCGAAGACGCUUUGCGUCUGGGCGUAGCCUUGAACCAAGGCGUGGAUAAAUUAUCCGAGUUGGAAGACCACCGGCGCGGGCUGGUGGAUAGCGGUGAUCUGCCAGAGAUUGUGGAAGAAGUUGUUCAACCGCAGAGCCAUGUUGUUUCAUCUUCCACUGCGACCGGUAAUGUUGUGUCAACUUCCACUUCGACGUCCUUGCCAGCAAAAAGGACCAGAUCGCUUACACAACAACAACAACAAUCCUCCCAGCCGCCGUACUACCAGCAGGGCCAGAACAGCAAUUUGAACCACGAGCCUACGGUGGAAUUCCACGAUACGGAGGACAACUCGAUCCGAUUGAGUAUUACCGGACUGGAGCAGCACUACCAGAACCUCCCGAACCCGGUUUUGAAAAACUACGUGGAAGGGCUUUCGCAUGAUGUGUAUCCGAAGUUGAAUUUGCUCUUCGGUCAUCUACAAUCCAGAGCCGCGUAUUUCCGGGUUUUUAAAGCGCCGAUGACCUACAGCCACACGACAAACAACCAGCAGAGUCAAAUCAAAACGAUUCGGUAUUUGGAUGUGGAUUGCAGCAAUGUGCAGACGCUUUGCGGGUCUGUGGAUUCUCCCGCGAGGGGUCAGCCGCCGUGUACCGAUCCGUCGGUGAGCAGCAGUACUGAAACUAAUUCUACUAUCCUGUGUAAAAGCGUCCCCACCCCAGAGUCAAGAUGAAACUUCUCUGUGCUUUAAUUUUGGUCUUUUCCAGUACAUAAAACACCCCAGACUCAAGAUGGGGAAUCUGCUAGACAAAUCAGCCAGGUUUGGCUGUUGCGCGUCAUAAGUUUGGCCUCGUAGUGUAAUCCUGUUUGACUUGGUCAGAAGCGUCACAGAUCCAGCAUAUCAUUCUGAUUGGAGCAUUACAAAUUGCAAAACACGGCUACAAAAUACUUCUCAUGGGGCUCCGCAUGAGAAACAUUUCCAGCAUGCAAAUUUGAAUGACAACUAUGGGGUGGGGACGUUUUUACACAGGAUAUCUACCACGAUGGAUCCGGGUAGCGGAAGUGGUACAACCAGCACAACUUUAUGCACUGCAAAAGUAUCGUACUGGUAGUAACUGCAUUACAAAUUUCAGCGGCAUGAGAAAUGGAAUUUGUAAUGCGAUAUUACGAUUACCUCAAUAAAAAGAUUUGUAAUCCAUUACUCCGAGUGCGAUACUUUUGUCAUGCAUAAUCCUAUGAUCCCAGCAACCCUAGUAACAGUUAUUGCAGGGAAAAAUCCCCCCUUCCCAUAUUGAAAACACGUCCUUCCGAAAAUUUGUGAUGCAAAUUUGUGACCACAAAUCCUGUCUGUCUUGCCAGAAGGCAAAUCCAGAGACUCCGCCUCCAUAUGCAAGCGGUGUGUAAUGCUGCAAGGCCUACAGGGCAGAUGUCUGCCAUGCUAGGCCCCUACACCAAAAGGCCCCUGCUUAGGCUUGCGAUCUGCGUGCAGUGCUUUCCUGCAAGACAAGUGUGAUUUGUGUACACAAAUCCCGCAUCACAGAUUUCCGCUUUGAUAUGGGGAGGGGGGAUUUUUCAUUUUUAUAACAGUCCGCCAGACACGACUAGCACGACUACCAGCACGACUUCGGAUCCAAAUCCUAUCAAAUGCAAAUAUAUCUGGGUCUGGAAGAAUGCAACUUGUCAUGCUGCAUUUGGGCGGUUCACAAAAAUUUGUAUUGUAUGAGCAGCAAAGGGACGAGUGUUAUUUUUGCUACGCGGCGAGGGGCCCAUUUGUCGUGCGGAAUAGGCAUCAAAAACCCCGAACCCCGCAGAAAAUCUGUGAUGCUACGGCAUGCGUCACAGAUCGAUCAUGGCUCAUGCGAUGAAACGUGCAUGACAAGUCUCAGAAAAAUCUGGGCACCAGACCCUCCAGACUACAUAUUUGCAGUUAAUACCACCAAGAAGUAGGAGACAACUCUCUUCCUCGUUCGGCUUCGGCUCCGAUUCCGGUAGCGGCUUUCUGCACCCGAAUCACUACUGUUUACACGUGUCGGCGAAGCAGCAAGCCGGGUUUUUGGAUACGGAUAGCGGCACGAAAGCCUGUGUAAGGGAUUUCUGCAUGCGACAAUCCUUCUGCGGUGGUUACGAAAUCGUCGGCAGCGGUCCAUCGAAGCAGUACAGACUACUUUUAAUCGGCAGUUUUGAAAGGAACGACAACCAGGGGAAUAACAUCGGCGCGCAACCCUGCGGAUCGGAGCUGGGGUUGAGUCCCUGUCCGACUGAUAGAAGGUGCUUCCAACUAGUCCGGCCGAAAACUUUGAACCCGAUGAUCUUCGACCAAUCGGGGGUGCAUUCUGCGGUAUGCAUUGCAAAUAUGUCUGCGUCUGGAAGGUUGCAACUUGUGAUGCUAUCUCUGGAUUCUAAAAAAAUCUGUAUUGCAUGACCAGCAAAAGGAAUCCAGUCUGUGCUAUGCGGAGAGGCCAUAUCUCGUGCGGAUUAGGCAUCAGGAAGCCGUCUGAAAAUCUGUGAUGCUACGUCAUGCAUUACUGGCAGUGUGGGUCAUGGAAAAUCUGCAUGACAAGUCUUGCAACCCUCCAGACCCAGACAUAUUUGCAUUUGAUAUGCGGAAGAACCGGACAACACGAAGAUGCUCGAUGUGCUGGAUGUGGGGUACAAUAAAGACUAUCGCAGGAAAAACCUGUUUCACUGUACACUUGUAAUGCACAAAAUGCAUCUCAGAAGUGUUUGUCUUGCUACAAAUGCGAGACAGUCGAUUUUUAGCUGUGCUUUCCCUUAGGGACCUCGCAUGGCAAGUUUUCUCUGUCAUGCAAAACAAACUUGUCAUGCAACACUUGCAAAAUCCGUACAGUGAGACACUUCUUUCGUACGAUAAAGAUCCGAUGGGCAAUAGCUUCGACCUACACGAAGUGUUGCGGAACAUGCUUUACAAAGACAAGGGGUUAGCCGAAACGCUGAAAUACUAUUCGCUUGACGACAUCGUGCAGAACGUGAUGACAAGCCAGCAGGAGGGCAUGGACAUAAUCAGCACGGUGAACAAUGAAAGGGUGUUGGUUAUGGGAGUGUCAGAACCGAAAUCGACAAAGUCGAAAUGAUUUGUAAUGCAUAAAAUGGAUACAAGUUGGAGCCCAGUUUUCAAGCGGUGCAUGACAAAUUUUUGCAGCAUCGAAAGCCAAUUUGUCAUGCUGUUUAGGCACAGAGGACCUCCGCUUUUGUCAUGCUACUUCAGCAGCUCUAUCUCAAACCGCAAACAGGCUUACAGUUGGCCUCUCUUGCCAUCCCCGCAAGACCGGCACUUCGUGCCUUGUUGCGUUGUAUGCAUGACAAUUUUUUCAACUUUGUCGAUUUCGAUCCUGACGCUUCCAUAUUGGUCCAACGGUUAAAAACCGCAUUAGACACCUACAUCGCCGCCAACCCACCAGUUUCCCCUGACGCUUGGUCCGACUCUGUGACGAACGUUUUCAAAGUCAAAUCACCCGGGGAGGUGUUCCUCGAGCAUUACCCAGAGUACUACAUUCACGACAAUAGCAAAAACUGGGACUUCGCUGCGGACGGGAAUGAGGUGGUGUCUGACUUCAUCUUCAACUACUUUUCUCUCCGUUAUCGGCCGUUCUACGAGUUACCAACCUGCCCACCAUUGGCGAAACGCGGCUACGCAAUCACACCCGCUUUGACCGCGACGAGUUCUUCGAGGAUUGUCUCGGAUUACUCGAAUUUAGCUUUGUUUUCUGGCGAAAACGCGGAAUCGUAUUCGCCGAAUCACCGCGGUGCGGAUAAUCUCGCGAGCAUGAUUCCGGGAAGGGUGCGGGCGACGCUGACAAAUCCGAGAUAUGAUGUUGGGUUCAACCAGUGUUUGUUGAAGUCCUACGGCGGACAUUUCGGUGUUCUCGCGGGGACUUUCUGCGAUGUGAUGUGCAUCGCAAAUUACCAGCCCAUGGAUGUUUCGGACUAUGGUUCUGGGCUGUUGACAGAGGCCGGUACGUCGAGCCCAGAUGGAGGUGAAGGUGAAUCCGAAUCUACCAGCGUCGUGCGGCAAAGAGAACUGCAGAUAGAGCAGUCAACUCUCCUGAUGCUGCAGCGGCAAAACGGGUUCAUGUGCCCCUUACCCAGGUCCGUACCGAACAACAACCUCGGAAGCGGUUACAACAGGCCGAUGCAGUCCCCGCAGGACAAGCAAAUCGCUUUCACGGGCUACGGGUGCGAGCCGUUUGCGUGUCUAUCCCUCGAUGAAGACUCGUUGUCCUCAACCUACAACGUGCACAUCGAAUCCCGGUGGUCGUUUCCACAUCCAAGCAUGCGGAACGCGUUUGGGAGUAGGUCCGGUGGUGCAAUCACGUCGACUGCUGAAAGACAAAACUUUUUACCACUACUAGGCCCGCCACAUUUAACCGUUUUAGCAAAGGAUAACGCAGCCACAAUCACAGCGCAAGCAGCGGCGGAGAAUCUAUUCGUCCAGCCGGAGCACUUACAAAAUCAAUAUUACCACUACCCCCAACUGUACGACAACUACGACCAUCCGUCUUUGAGUGAUACUGUGUCGAUAUGAAAGUGCACAACUCCCCCUCCCCCUCAUUUGUCAUGCAAAGUGCCUAAUUUGCGCCUUGGCUCUUGGCACUGUUUGCAUGACAAGUUUUGGCAUUCCAAAUAGCACCACACGCCUGUCCAAAUUUGUCAUGCGAAACCUGUGUUCUUGCUGACGCUUGUAUUGCUGUUCAUGCAAUUAUACAGAUGAGAGGGAGGGGGAGUUGUGCACUUUCAUACUCAACCUGGGAAGAGCAUCCUGUUUCCGAUGACCCGAGGAUCAUCGGGUUAGCGGCGACGACAGAAGCGGUCACCUUCGCCUGCGAAGUCCCGAACACCUCGCCCGCGAAUGUUUUCCACGAAGCGAGAUGCGUCGACGGCGAGUGGUACCCGGAGUGGGUGCAAUCGUUCGCGACUGGCUGGGUGGGUUCUUCGGGGAGUAGUGGGAGUAGUGGAAUUUCUUUCAGAAGUAGAAGGGAAAGGCAGUUAGAGCAGAAGAAGGAGCGGGAGGAAAGAAGGAAACUGUCACCGACUAAGCAGGAACGGGUGAACAAUAAGAGCAGCAAAGGUGGAGAAAUUGCUGCUGCGGGAGAGCAGCAGGAACACGAGAGUGACAGCGCUAAUACGCAGCAACAACUCAACAACAUUCCGAAGCCGAGCGCGUUUUCCUCAUCAGCAUCCUCCUCUGGCUCCGAAAGCAGGAGUACCAAACCAAAACCAAAAUCGUUGUUACGGCAUCUGCAGCAACACAAAUCUUCCAACACCCGAAAGCUCUCCACAGAGAGCUCAGAUCCAACAGCCCCUCUUCCCCAGUGCGUCGCCGCCGCUGGCUGUCCGACCAAGCCAAUCACGGACUUGGCGUUACGGCCACUACAGUAUUCCGACCGCGCCACCGCGCUAACCGCGACGACCGUUCCCACUGGUACGAUGGUUUCCCUCGCCUGUCCGUUAGUGGCGUCUGGCCAGGUGGAUGAAGCCGGAAAUGACAUUUACCGUGAUUAUAUGGAUUGCAAAAAGGUCUGGGUCUGGAAUAGCGGAACUUGUAGUGCUGUCUGCGGAUUCUAAAAAUAACUGUGUUGCAUGAGCAGCAAGAGGGGUCAGUUCUUGGCACGCGGAGAGGGCAUUUCUCAUGCGUAAGUAGCAUCAAGAAGCUCUCAAAAAAUAUGUGAUGCUAGCACCAGCAUCACAGACCUCACGGGUCAUGCAAAAUGUGCAUGACAAGCCCCGACUGUCCCAGACCCAGCCAUUUUUGCACUUGAUAGAUUACGAGAUGACGUCAGACCCGGCUGAAAUUGCGAAGGUGAUGGAGUUAUCAAAUGUAAAAAUGUUUGGGUCUGGAAGAAUGCAACUUGUGAUGCUGCGUUUCGAUGUCUAAAAAAUUUGUGUUGCAUGAGCAGCAAAAGGAAUCUAAUUUUUGCUACGCGGAGAGGGCAUUUGUCAUGCGGAAUGGGCAUCAAGAAUCCCUCAAAAAACCUGUGAUGCUAGGGCAUGCAUUGCAGGUAUCAUGGGUCAUGAGAAAUAUGCAUGACAAAUCUUGCAUUCUUCCAGACCCAGACACUUUUGCACUUGAUAGGAGUUAGUCGGUAGCGCAACGCAGAACAACUACGGAGUGAGGACCGCGACUACUACAACAACCAUGGAUCCGGAAAUUCUAGCAGCCGAUAGCACGAUCACAACCACGACAACCCUCUGGGAUUACCCAGGCUGGAAACUCUCCCAAGUAACUAGGAUUUGCUACGAUGGGGUCUGGAUGAGUCCUUUGAUGGUCGAUAGGCUAUUAUCCUCUCCCGCGGCUCGGUUCCAGAAGGCGUUUGCAACCGCGACGGCAACGACAACCACGACGGCCGGAACAGUGGUUAGGAGGCAACUCCAGACUGAGGGUGAAGGAACAACAACUUCUACUGAGGGCGAGGGAGAUAGUACUGAAACAACUACUGUUGAUGACACCGUCACAACGCCCCCUGUUGAUACAGCAGCAGUCGCAGAAACCACCACGACCACAACAACGUUGCCGUUCCUUUCUAUCCGAGAAAGGAACCAGUUUCCCGCGUGUAAAAAGAUUGCGGAAGAGGGAGAAGUGAUUCGGACCAGCACGGUUUCCGUCGUCGCUCUUUCCGUCGGCAUGGCUUUGGACAGCUCGACACUAGCCGCGUUAGCUGCAAGGGGGACUGAAGAGAAUCCGGAUGUACCCGCGAUUGUGAUCGGUAUCAAAUGCAAAUAUGUCUGGGUCUGGAAGAUUCUAAACUUGUGAUGCUGUCUCUGGAUUCAAAAAAAAUUUGUAUUGCAUGACCAGAAAGAGGACUCCAGUUCGUGCUACGCGGAGAGGGCAUUUCUCAUGCGGAAUAGGCAAUAGUAAGCCCUCUAAAAAUCUGUGAUGCUAGGGCAUGCAUUACAGACAUUAUGGGUCAUGCAAAAUAUGCAUGACAAACCUGGCAAUCUUCCAGACCCAGACACUUUUGCACUUGAUAAUCGGCACACCCGAGCAACUGCUCGGCAUGGACAGAUUGACCACGACGAGGUAUCAAGAGGAAAAAUCCCCCCUCCCCAUAUCAAAAGGAAGUUUCUGAUGCUGGAUUUGCGUACACAAAUCAGAUCUGUCUUGCAGUAGAGAGCUGCAUGCCCAUGCCAAGCUGAGGUAGAACGGUUUUGACGUAGGUGCGUAGCAUGGCAAAUGUGCACUCUGUAGUCCCCAUAGCAUCACAAACCGCCUGCAUAAUGCAGCGGAGUCGCUGGAUUGGCCUUCUUGCAAUACAGAGACGAUUUGCGUCCACAAAUCAGCAUCGCAAAUUUUCAAAAGUGCCCCUUUUUGGUAUGGGGAGGGGGGAUUUUUCCUUUUGAUACGAGGACGCACACGGAGGGUGAAUUAACCGUCUGCUUCUACAGCUUAGAAAACGCAGAUACUGUACAGGGGGAUUUAAUCGAGGGCGCUACUGGCUCCCGGGAAGUCACCGCGGAGUCCUACGUGUACAUCGGGACUAUUGAUUUAGGAGACGAUAAGGGAGUUAUCAAAAGGAAAAAUCCCCCCUCCCCAUAUCAAAGCGGAAAUCUGUGAUGCAGAUUUGUGGCCACAAAUCAGCUCUGUCAUGCUAGAAGGGAAAAGAUGUGGACUGUAGUGCUGCGUGGCGUGGGAAAGCCUUGCAUCUUCAGCAUGACAGGAGGCAGCUGGAGGUGGAGAGCAGCAUGUUGACAAAUUGCCUGCAAACGAGGCCAGGACUGCGGCUCGUGGCCUUCUAGCAUUACAAGUCGAUUUGUGUACUCAAAUACAGCAUCGCAAAUUUCGUUUUCGAUAUGGGGUGGGGGAAUUUUUCCUUUUGAUAGGAGUCGUCUGUGCGUUAAACUACGCAGGGGGAACUGGAUUAACCGCAAGGAGAAGAUUGACAAUGCACGAAGACGAUGCGGAGAAGCAGCAGAAAUUUGAGGAGAAUUACAAACUUAUGGCACCCGCGAUCACAGGCAGGAAGGAAGACAGGGACAGAGCGGAAAAAGCACGGAAAAAUCUGGCUGCAAGGACUCGAAAGACUAACUCUGUUGUUCUCAAAGAAAAAAUAGACGAAUACGAAGCAGCUGGUGCACUGGUAGCAGCAGGUGACAGCAGCACAAGUGCUUACCCAGAAGCGGCGCAAGAAGUAGCAGAAAAGCGUCAACUUUCCACCUCCGUCACAACUGGUUACAACUACGAAUACCGAGCGAGCGGCACGAAUGCCGCUUCUGUCGUCGCACAGGUAGAAGCCGCGGCGAGCGGCCCCGCCCUGGCUGCACGAUUGACCAGCGCGGUGAGCACCAGCUUGGGCUGCACUGCGGCCACCAUCGCGAGCUGUAUCACCGGAUUUGCGCAGAUGAUCUCGUUCGCGAUUCGCGAGAACGUCGUUGUGGAAGUGAAUGAAUGGAGAUUCAAACCUUGGAAAGCCUGCAGCAACCAGUGCGGAGAGGGGACGAAAGAGCGGGAAUUUUACUGUGACCAGAGCGUCGAAAGCGGGAAUACAGAGCCCUGUCCGUUCAACGAAAUUUGGAGGUUGAAACUAGAAGACGACUGUGUCGAGUGGGGUGGGUGUGUUGCGACCAUAUUGUGUCCAAUGACGGCGGAAUACGGCUGCGCGUGGCAGACACUGAUGAUGCUCGCGAUAUUCGGUAUUUUUUUUUACUUUUUACGAUUGCUUUUAAUUGCAUAGUACCACUUUAAUUGCAGGGCAAGCUCUUUUCACUUGAAACUUGCUUUGUUAUCAUGCUGAAUUUAUUCCGAUUCACAGUUUCGAUUUGUGAUGCUAAAAUAAAACCAAAAACCACCGCAAAAUAAAUCAGGUGCCAUCUCCACCGCGUUCACCACCUACAUGUAUUGCGGUUGCAAGACCCCGAAGGGCGGCAACAUCAAGGGCCUCGCGAAAGACGGUAAGAGCAAGAUGCGCUGGAGCAAAGGCCGGGAUCAGGAUAUCAACUGUAAAAAUGUCUGGGUGUGGAAACUUGUGAUGCAAGUCAGGGAAAAAUGCGCAUACUGUAAUGCACUGCCAAGCAUGACAAGGCUUUCCGUGGUUCAGUGUUGCGUACUCCGCAUGAGAAACUGCGUUUUUGCAUGACAGGCAAGAGAAGCCCUUUGCGGCCAUGCAAUACAGAGCUCAGAGUCAUGCCGGACUAGCAUGACAAAUCCCGGAAUCUUCCAGACCCAGACAUUUUUGCAUUUGAUACAGGAAACGGGGAAGCAAAAGAUCAUCUGGCACGGAGAGGAUGUACAGCAGUUUAUGAUUGCGGAAGGGUUUGUGUUCGAUAAAGACGAAAAACUGAAAGAGGAGGACGGCGCGGAUAUCAAAGUGAAAAAAACCGCCACCCCAUAGCCAAAAGACAAUUUGUGUUGCUGGAUUUGUGCACACAAAUGCUCUGUGUAUUGCAGCAAGAGCUUGUCGGCAUAUUCUAAGCCCAUUUGGUUAUCCGGCUAGCAGCUGCGCAUGAGAAACAAGUCUGACAUAGGCAAAAACGCAUGACAGACUGGCUGCACAAUGCGCCACAUGGGUGCCGUUAUUUGCCUUGUACGCAAGACAGAGCUGAUUUGUGCUCACAAAUCAGCAUCACAGAUAUGGGGACGCGGAGGGAUUUUUCCUCACAAUAGGGGAGGAGGUCGUCGGCGCACCGGUGCAGGCGGAGGGGGAAGCGAAGCCGCCGGAGAGGUUCUUCUCCAUGGAGUCCAUGGAUGCCGACAUUCCGGAUGAGGGCGCGAUUCUGGACACGUCAAGGUUGAAGCAAGCGAUAUGAAAGUGCACAACUCCCCCUCUCCCUCAUUUCUAUUGCGCGAACAGCAAUACAAGUGCAGCAAGAAUACAUGUUUUGCAUGGCAAAUUUGGACAGGAGUGCAGUGCUAUUUGGGCCGCCAGAACUUGUCAUGCGUAAUAGUGACAGGAGCGAAAGCGUAAAUUACGCAUUUUGCAUGAGAAAUGAGAACGAGGGGGGGUUGUGCAUUGUCAUAAGUGACGAUGGAUAUCGACGCAGAGAUGAAAUCGAUUGAGGAAAUCGUGGUGAAAUACCCCGAACCACCGGCGUGUCUGAAGAUCGGAGAAAAUCUGGAGUACUAUUCGACAACCUACAGUUUGUUCCUCCCCGCGAAAAUCACCGCACACGACAGCAAAACGGGGACUUGCUCGGUGGUGUUAUCAGCCAGGUUGAGUGCAGCGAGGCAGACGAGGAGCAAUGUAUAGAAUUUGUUUUUUUUUUGCAUUUUUACACUUUUGGGCUUUUCUUGCAUGAGACAAAAACAUUCUUUCACAUUCCAAUUUCCGAAGCUGCAUCACAAAAAAUCCGGAUUGCCAAUUGUACCUAGGUUCCCUUCGCCAUGCUUCGUAUUGCCCUUCGAGAAAACGAGCGCUGCGAAAUUUUCGUGGGCGACCAGGUUGUAUGGAUUGCAAAAGUGUCUGGGUCUGGAAGAAUGCCAGACUUGUCAUGCAGGUUUUUCAUGACCCAUGAGGUCUGGUAUGUAGGACAUAGCAUGACAGAUUCUGGGAGAGUUCUAUCAUGCCUAUCCAGCAUGAGAAACUGCCUUUCGAUUAGGUCAAAAGUGGGCAGCUUUUGGUAAUCAUGCAACACAGAUUGCUACAGGAUUCAGAUUUAGCAUGACAACUUGCUUUGUUCCAGACCCAGACACUUUUGCAUUUGAUAGGUUGGCUGGCUAGGUCCGGUCUUCGUGAAGGAAAGGGUAAACGCGAAGGGUAGAUAUGCAAGAACAAAACGAAUGUGAGUGUAAGUCUGUGAUGCAGAAAAUGCAAAACUGUUUACACUUGUCAUGUUGGAUCUGCACCGUCAGAGGCUCUGUACUUUUCGCACGUGUUCAUCUCACGUACUAGCUACGCAUGACAGGUUUUCUGUGUCAUGCAGAGCAAACUUGUGAUGCUAGUAUUCCUCCAAGAAAGUUACAUUUACACAGUUUUUUCCUUGGAUAGCAGAGGUGCGGAGUACAUUGUCACCGUGUCGGAGGAGGUUUUACAUCCCGAUGUGAAAGUCCCGAAACAAAAAACCAUGCGGGUGGAACUGACGAAAGUCAGAAGGCUCUUCGAAGUCGAUGACGAGGUUGUAGUGCAUCACGAAAAGCAGUGGCUGAAGGGGAAAGUGGUGAAAUCCCACGACCAAACCGUCGCAAUCAACGCGAACAACGCUUUACUCCACCUCCAAGAACGAGUAGCGCUGCGGAAGAAUGUAUCCACUGCAAAUCAUUUGCCGCACACGUACAAUUGCAUUCUUGCAUGACAAACUUCUGCUCCUAUUGCAUCCGGCAUGACAAAUGGACGAGAGUAGGUUGGGAAAAUUUGUAAUGCAUCUUGUGCAACGUUCGGUAAAUUUGUGUUGCAUAAAACGCGAAGAAAAUCCUCUCCCCGAAGUCCGCCAGGAAAUCCGGCAGGAGUUCUGGGCAGAAGCUGCAAAGGGAGUCGACAUUUCUCUCCGAUUAUCCAUUGCAAAUAUCGAUCUGGGUCUGGGAAUUUUCCCCAGAUUUGCCUCGCUUGUCUGGCAUGACUCUCAGCUCUGUCAUGCAUACUUUCAUCAAAGAGCUCCUCUUGCCUGUCAUGCAAAAGCGCAGUUUCUCAUGCUGAAUUCGCAAUAGGACGCCCUAGAAGCUCAGAACUUUCUCCUGCUUGGCUGUGCAUUUUGCAGUACGCUUUUGCUAUUCGCACAUUGGCAUGAGAAAUCUCCAGACCACCAGACAUAUUUGCAAUGCAUAGCGAGUCCUUCUUCGGCGGUGGUGCAUCAUCUCCGGAGAAAGAUUAUGACAAGGAUCGGGAUAGUGACGACGAUGGGAUGAACGAUGACAACCCGCUCGCAAUAGUACCGGUCGACACAGCCAGGACCAUGAGCCGGGAUAGCGAAAAUUCCGACAACCACAGUGGAACCGGGGAUGACAACAAUGAUGGAAUCAGCUCUGGCGCCAGGACACCGAGGAAGAAGUUCUCAAGACAGGAGUCCGUUGCUUUCAACAAAGAGGAGUACUCGCAAUUAUCCGCCAGGAGAUCUCUCCCACCGAGGACACCAAGAAAAAGUGAUAACGAAUUGUCCGAAGCGGCGAAAGAUGUGGAAAAGCAGCAGGUCUCCCAGUCCGCACAGAAGUGGCAAGAGGCGAAGAAGAAGGUUUUGCUGCGGAAAAUGUCGCUAGAGGAAAUGGUGGAAGAGGUGAAACAGCGGGAAGAGAAAUUCCCCGUCUUCGGCGUCCCCCUACGGAUUCAACUCUCCGGCGAAACUAUCGAUGAAGAAGCUAUGCAUUGCAAAUAUGUCUGGGUCCGGAUGAUUUGUAUUGCCAUAUUUGAAGGACAGCAAGGAUUUGUCAUGCAUAAAAUGCCAGUGGCCACGUCUUCUGUCAUGCUGGAUGGCACUUUGUAAUGCUGAUCACGAAUGAAUCCGCUAAGACAUGAGGAAAACUUCUCAUGCUGAUAUGCCGUAGAAGCGGCCAUGCUGCAAUGCGGGUAUCAGCAACACAAAUUUUCUGACCCAGACAUAUUUGCAUUUGAUAGAAGCUGCGGAUGUCGAGUUAGCGAAGAAAUUUGAGGGGGAAAUCAUCGACGUGAUACCGAGUCAGCAGAUGUUAUCCUGUGUAAAAAUGUCCCCACCCCAAACUUGUCAUGCAAAUCUGCAAGCCUCAAAUCGAUUUCUCAUGCGUAGCCCCAUGAAGAUCAUUUUCUAAUGUUGUCUGGCAGUUUGUCAUGCGGAAAUUAGGAUACGAUACUCGCUCUGUAAAAAUGCGGCUACACAGGCUAAACGGCUCUAGUACUACUACACUAGAAGCCCAAGCUUGUUUCUACGAGCCCAAGCUUGUCAUGCGCAACACGAAGAAAUCGUUCGUUUGUGUAGCAAAAUGCCCAUCUUGGCUCUGGGGUGGGGGCGUUUUUCCUCUUGAUAGAUGUGUGUCCCGCUGAGUGUCGGCGUUGAAUCCAGUCACGAGGUGAGGAACCGGAAGAAGCCGUCUUUCUUAGCGAUAAUGGCCGCGGCGGGGAUGCUUGCGAAACAAAACGCUUCCGCGGAGGCGGAGGGGGAAGCGGGAGAGCCGAAUGAGGUAGAAACAGGGAAUGACGACGCAACUGCGGGAAAACGGUUAGACCGGUUCCAAUCUGCAACGUCCGUCGCCGCGGAUUUGGGGGAUGAAGGCAUAGCAAACGGUGCGCUACACCUCCACUCCAGUGACCACGAUCCAGAGAACAAAAGCCCGAUCUUAUCCGCAGUAAAAACGUACCCACCUCCCCAGAGCUGUAAUGCAAAGCUGCAUAACUAAAAAUAUUUCUCAUGCGCAGAACCAUAAGGGCCACUUUCUAAUGCUGUCUGGGAAUUUGUCAUGCUGGAAUCAGGAUGAGGUAAUCGAUUCGUGAUGCGUCUCCACUACCUCAAACAGAACUACGCCAUGAACCCAAAAAGCUUGUCAUGCGCAACAGCCAAAACUUAUUGAUUUGUGCUGGGAGAUCCCCAUUUGUAGUCUGGGACGAGGACGUUUUUCAAAUGGAUAGAUCUCCCCCCAGGAUCUGCAACUCGCAGUGUUAGACUCCCCCAACGGUGGAGAAACGCCCGCCGGGGGUUUUCAGAGUCCGGAUGGCGGGGAGGGGGUCGCGCCGGGGAAGAGCGUGGUGGAAGAUAUGGUGUAAAAGCGUGUCUUCCGCUUCUGAAACUGCAAAAAAUUAUCUGCAGGUACAACUUGGAGCAACGAAAAGUUUUGUAAAUAGACCUCAAAUAGCAACGACAACUGAAAUCAUUUUUUCAAUCGUACAAAAGCACAGCUUUUCCUUUUUUUCUCAAAUAGCAACGGGAAGUUUAUUCCGACUUGAAUUUCAUCUAAUUAGCAAAAGUUUCAACAAAUAUUGACAAGAGUAGCAACAGAUCACCAUAACUUGUUCAGCUUAAAACCAAUACUAUUCGAAGCAACUCAAACACAUUUGAUGUAAAAUGACAAGGUGAAACAUUUGUACGAUCAUGUUUAGAACAAAAUGCCAGUAUUCUUAUACGGAAAUACCACCGAUCAUUCCAAGAAUACGCUUGAGCGCAAGACGAGUAAUCCUAUGCAUAAAAGUUUCAAACUCAACCGAUACAACCCCAAUACGAUAAAAACGGAGGCUGUUGCCAUCCAGAUUAUUAACACCUAUUAACAUUUUCCAAAUAAGCGAAACACAACUGUGGCAUCACCAACUUUUACCAAAUCGCAGUGCGCAAUCUAGUGCGUGUUGCUGGUAGAAAUUGUGUGCUGCUGCUGGUAUACAGUCAAGUAGAAAUGAUGAAUAAAACUAAUUCACACCGACGAGAAAAACUUUAUGUACGAUUAUGAAGAAAAGUUGAGGUCAAAAAUCAAAAUGCAAAUGUACCCCCGCAAAUGAAAAUAAUGAUGUACUAGUUUUUACCCGCAUUGCCAGACACGUCUCUCAUGCAGCAUACGCUGUAUUGUUGAUCCAGAAUAUUGAAAGCACAAAAUCUUUUUCACAUCCACAU